AUGGAGGUGGCGGUGAUGAGAAAGAUGAGAUGGAUGUCAAAGAAGGAUAGAAUAAGGAACGAUUUUAUUAGAGGUUCUGUUAAGGUGGGCUCCUUGAUCAGGAAGGUGCAAGAAUGUAGGUUGAGAGGUUUUGACCACGUAGAGAUAAGAGACAAUCGGAAAACUGGUAGUAAAAUGAAAGAGGAAAAGAGAAAGACCAAGAAAGAUAAAGUGGAGGAAAACUUGAAUCAGAAAGGACAUAAGAGAGGAGCAAUUGAUAGAGAGAAAUGGAGGAAACGUAUUAGAGAAGGAAACGCCGACCUCAUAUAA